UUUAUUGAAUAGGGAUAGGUAUGCACAAUAAGAAUUUUGUUUUUGGAAAUAGGUACGGUCGUUAUGUUUGUUGAAAUGUGGGCCUAGCAUAGUAGCAAUUAAAAUAAGUUUAAGCCAAAAAAAAUCUUCUUAAUAUUGCCUGUAUUGCCCUUAAAAUUUGAAGCGACAAAAAUAAUAAAAGGUUUGGUUGGAUGAUUUCAGCGUUUAAUGGGAGAAAUUCUGCUGAAUCACUAUUAUUAUGUCGUUAUCUGCAACAACCAAAUCACACUGUAUUAUAUUUAAUCUAAAAACAGCUCAGAUCAAUGAAGCAUUUUGAAUAGUAACAGUAGGAAAAGUUAGGUUAUAUCAAGAAAAAUCAAAAAUCAAAAUUCUAGUGCAAUGUCAACAAUCACCGAAAAUCAAGAAAAAUGUGGCUGGAUUAAAUUUUCUGAAAGCAAGCUUAUCUCCCUCGAAAAGAAAAUCUUUGAAGUUUUGAAUACUGCAUAUAAAGGUUGGCAUGUUCUAAUUGACCAUAAACCAAACAUUAAAGCAAAAAUAUGGACAAUUGCCAUGAACACGGAAUCAAAAAACAUUCCUCUGGUCCUCCUCCACGGUUUUGGGGCUGGCGUUGGGUUCUGGUGUUUGAAUUUGGAUUCUUUGGCGGCCAACCGACCUGUUUAUGCCAUUGACAUUUUGGGUUUUGGGCGAUCCUCAAGACCAGAAUUCAGCAACGACGGCCUAGAAGCUGAACAAGAAUUUAUCGACUCCAUUGAAAAAUGGCGGAAAGAAGUCAAAUUAGAUCAAUUUAUUUUACUAGGGCAUAGCCUGGGCGGUUAUUUAGCUACCAGUUACACAAUUUCGUAUCCCAAUCAAGUGAAACAUUUGAUCUUAGCUGAUCCGUGGGGAUUUGUUGAGAGACCAUCGGAUUUUAACCCGCCGCUUUGGAUGAAAACUUUAGGAAUUGUUUUGUACCCAUUUACCGCCUUUAAUCCUUUAGCGACUCUUAGAGCAGCGGGGCCUUUUGGUCCUUGGAUUGUAAAAAAGAUGCGGUCGGACAUUUCGCACAAAUAUGCUGGUCGUUUAGAAAACCAUGAGAUUAUAACUGAUUACAUUUAUCAGUGUAACUCACAAAAACCCACGGGAGAGACAGCCUUCCAUAAGAUGAUCAAAGGUUUUGGAUGGGCUAAAAACCCGAUGCUGAAUAGGAUACAUAAACUAGACAGUAGAGUACCAAUUACAGUAAUGAAUGGGUCCCACACUUGGAUGGAUAAAACAGUAGGAAAAAAACUAAAAGAGAUGAGGCAAAAUUCUUAUGUUAGAUUAGAAGUUAUUAAGGAUGCUGGACAUCAUGUACAUGCAGACAAUCCUGAAUGUUUUAAUGAGAUUGUAGUUGAUGUUUGCAACUUUACCGAGACUAAUAAGUCAAACGCACUAGUAGUACCUGAAAAUGACAAUAUACAAGAGGAGGAAGAAAUUAUAACAGAAACACAGAUUGCCACAUCAUAGUAUUUCAAUCAUUAAUGAAUAAAGCCUUAGUAUAAGUUUUUAAAGAGUAGACUACUAUAUUUAAGAACCACAAAUUCACAGUAUUAUAUACUAAUAUAGAUGUAACAAACUGAUGAAUCAAGAGCAAUAAAUUAUUACUGAUGGUUUAUAAAA